AUGACAAUGAGCAGCUUCUCAGCGUUGGAGGCGGAAUGUUUGCAUCAAUUUGGAGUGGCACCGAGAAAGGUAGAGUGUAGAGGAUGUUGUAUAAGACUGACUUGGCUGCGGGACCUAAAAGAAAACAUUCAGUUGACUGAUGACUUAAGUAUACAGAGGUACGUGAAGUGCCAUAUUAUGUUGCUGAUCGGGACGAUCUUGUUUGGGGAUAAAUCUGGGGCAGGUGUGCACUGGAAGUUUCUACCCUUGCUUCGUGACUUUGCCAGUAUUGGACAAUAUAGUUGGGGUUCGGCUUGCCUUGCACACCUCUACAGGGGGCUAUGCAGGGCAUCUCGUUAUAAUUGUAAGGAAAUAGAUGGUCCAAUAACACUUUUGCUUGCUUGGGCUUGGCUCCGACUGCCAUAUCUGUCGCCGAUCCCGAGAGAGCCCCACAGCUUUCCAUUAGCCAACAGGUGGCGUAACUGGGAGCGUGGUGAUCGACGAUAUAGGUAUUUGAAUCUAGCUCACUUUAGGAAGGCCUUUGAUGAACUCCAGGAAGGCCAGUUUGUGUGGGUUGCGUAUGCUGUGGAUCGCGUGAACCCGAACAUAAUUCCUCCUGAGAUCUAUAUGCAAUCGGUUGUGUGGUCUGCUACUGUUCCGUUGGUGUCAUUUGAAUGUAUCGAGUGGCAUGCUACCGACAGGUACAGGCGACAGUUUGGUUUGGUUCAGGACGUACCUCAGCAGGAGCAGAGUCUUGACAAGGCGCAUGGAGAAGUACUGACUGGUCCUAAGAAUCUUAACUGGGCCACAACGCCGACUCAUUCAAAUUGGGUUAUGCAUUGGACAAACAGGUAUAACUACGUUCUUUCUGAGCUUCCCAUGCCUUCACAGCAUCCGUUGGAAACUUAUAUGUACUGGUACCAGUCAGAAUAUGGCAACCACUUGAACUUGUCGAAUCUUGUGGGUCAAGAAAGUGAUGACGAUAACCAGGAUAUGGAUGAGGGUAAUCAGGAUAUGGAUGAUGGUGGCGAGGUCGGUGCCGCCUCCUAG